AUGUUGUUCAAGAAACCUCUUCUCUUACUCCUGAUGAUGCUUUCCAUCGCGCACUUCGCGGGCUUUCUCUCGUCGUCGUCCUCGACGACGUCGACGUCCAAAAUCGUUGCUUUCGCGCAAGCCGAAGACGGCGAGGAAACGACGCCGUCGUUUGGGGAUGAUGAACGCGAGGAAGACGACGACGACGACGACGACGAGGACGACGACGACAAGGACGACGAAGAUCCCCCAUCAAACGAUAACCCGGACGAGAUCGAUCCGUACCCCGAGAUCGAAGACGACGAGGACUCGAAAAUCUGGCCGCCGCCGAUGCCAGAAGUACGACACUUGAAGCAAUAUAAAGUAAGAAUGUUGAAGGAAUUCUUAGACUUGAGAGGGACGACGUGCGAAGCGUGCGCGGAGAAGGACGAUUGGAUUCGACGGGUCGUCGACACGUGGGAGUGGCCGAAGAAAGAAGUUGACGUCGCGAAUACUGAAGAUGAUGAAGAUGUGGGAAAUGAGGACAGACGUCCGUACUCGGGAGACGAGAUGACGCCGGAGGAGGAAGUCGCGGAAGAGGCGGCGAGAAUGAAGAGAAUGAUGGACGAGUUGAACGGCGGUAAGUCAAAAGAUUACACCGGGAUGGAUCCGAACAGAGUAAGGCUGUUGAAAAAAUUGCAAUCGAAAGGGUUGAGCUUUAUGGGUGGCGAGAACAUGGACAUCGAACAGUUGGAGCAGUUGGCGAACGCGAUGGAUGGGAUCAACAGUAAGAAUGGUGGCGAUCUUUAA